UUCUGGUAAAAUAAGAUUCAUGAUAUAAUUCUUACUUUGAUGAUGUAAUUACGGAAAACGAUUGGAUAAAUGGAUAGACUUUUAUCUUCAAGUUAUUUCGAAUAAUCAAUAUUCCAUUAAUUCAUUGUUUAGUCUUGUUUACUUGAUUACUUUUGGUUUUGUAACUACUUGUUAGUCGUGGUGACAUAACAACAUAGCGAGUAUUUAUGAUCAUAUGCAUAGCUGAUUACUUAACGAAGGUUUGACAAAUAUUGACACACCGUUCUUAAUUCAAUUCGGAACUCGUACGUAAAUGCUUAAAAUAAAUUUAUCAUAUUGAUUGUAAGUAAGUACCAGUUGUGUUUACUCUACUGAUUUACAUGGAAAUGAGGAAAUCGAUUCUCACUUGAUGCAUUUUAACCACCAAGCACGAUUAUCCGCACAAUUUUUGGGGUAUAAAAAUCCAUCCUAGAGACAAGGCCACCUACAAAAUCAACGAGUGUUUACAAAUGGAUCGCACAUGAGUCUAUAAAGGGCUUGACCAGUCAUAGGCCCCAACAGAAUAAGUAUAUAUUAAGAUGUCGUUCGUAUUAAAUAUGUGUACUAUACCGUAAUGCGGCGAUCUUUAUCAUUUUAUAUUAUUCAAAGCACUAAUUUGCACUUUGAAAGUCGCAAGAGUCACUUGCUAAGAUGGUUGCAGCAUUUAUAUGAUUAUUAUAGAUGUUUUUGGUAAUGAAGAAAAAUGAAGGCAACGAGAAAAACCGUCGUCGGUGACAACGCACGCUUGCACUUGCCAUAAGCACUCAAGUCCUUAGCUAGCUUAACCCAUCUCCACUACCAUUACUAGAAACCCAUCCCGUAAAACUCUAUAAAUAGAAACCGUCCUUGGAUCUCUUCUUUCCUCAUAUACACUCUUACCCACCGCGUUAUCUACUACACAAUUGCAACUCAUCUCUCUCCCUUUCUAUUGCCUUUCUAUACAUAGAAACUAGUUGCAACGUACUGUAACUGUAAUGGCUAAGUUGAGCUUCUCCUUAUGCUUCUUGUUGUUUCUUCUGCUAGCCUCAGUCGCCAUGGGAAGCCGUCCUCUUCAGCGGGCUCCAGUAGGGGUGAAGGUGAGAGGUCUAAACUCUUCUAUUAAGGCUAAGAGCGCGACUGCACUGGAUGGUCAAGCUUCAGGUAGCAGCAACAGCAGCCAUGGAAAAACUCCAGAGCGGUUAAGCCCUGGAGGACCCGACCCGCAACAUCAUUAGUUAUUUAGGAUUUCCUUUAUAAUCAAGUGAGUUGUUCUCAAUUUCUUUGAGAUUUGUAUUUCUUAUCAAUAAUUUGGUUGCAAUGAAUCUGUUUUUUCUUUUGUAAUAGAAUUAUGAA